CCGCGUCGAAGGCGAUAUCACCGACGUUUUGGUCGACGUUACAGUUGCCAUCAUCAGGGAAAAGUCAUCUACUGAGGAGCCGGUGCCAGCAUGCAGCUACCAGGUCUGCUGGGAGUCCUCGCGCUGCUCGCGGCCAGGGGACCUGGUGACGGCGUCUCGGCGCAGGACCUGCGCCGCGUCACUGAGCCACAGACGCCGCCGACCUGCGUCUCGCUGACGCCCAGCGGCGCCGACGACACGGCGGCCAUCCAGGCGGCCCUCGACUCCUGCGCCGGCGGCGGGAAGGGCGUAGCGCUGACGAGGGGCGACUACAACUCGGGCCCGCUGCGCAUCCCGUCCGGGGCGGGGCUCGUGGUGCAGCGAGGCGCGACGCUCAAGGCCAUCCCCGACCCCCGGCUGUACGGGCCGGCGAGCUGCGGUACCCUGGCUCCGCACGGCGACCGCUGCACGCCCUUCAUCCUCAUGAGCGGCGUCAAGGGCAGCGGCAUCUACGGGGGAGGCACCAUCGACGGCCAGGGCCACCACAAGCUGGUGGGCUCCAACAUGAGCUGGUACGACCUGACCACGCACGCCGGGGCGGGGCUGUGCCAGAACAACCCGCGCCUCGUCCAGAUCAGGGACUCGCGAGACAUCACCGUGCACAAUGUCACGCUGCUCAACUCGCCCUACUUCCAUUUAGUCACUUACAACACGACGGGCUUCACCGCCUGGGGCGUCACCGUCCGGGCGCCCGCAGACGUCGGCAACACGGACGCCAUCGACCCCACGGGCUCGCAGAACGUGACGGUCGCCCACUGCGACAUCAGCACCGGCGACGACAACGUCGCCAUAUCGUCGCUGCACUCGCCGGCGCGGCACAUCUCCGUCCUGAACAACCACUUCGGGCACGGCAACGGCAUGUCCAUCGGCUCCGGCACUCUCUACGGCGUCAGCGACGUGCUGGUGUCCGGGCUGACCUUGGACGGCUCCGUCAACGGGGUGCACGUCAAGAGCGACUCGCUGAACGGCGGGCUAGUGGAGAACAUCGUGUACCAGGACAUCUGCGUGAGGGGCGCCGUGAAGCCCAUCCACCUGGACAUGGAGUACAUGAACCACACCGGCUCGCACACGCCUCACUUCCGCAACAUCAGCUUCAACCACAUGCGCGUGGUCACCCCGGGCAGGUUCAAGUUCUACGGCAUCAGCGCGUCCAACCAGGUGCAGGCCUCGCUCAGUGACUUCCACUUCACCAAGGGCUCCAUCUGGCUCACGAGCUAUGCCAACGUGACCGGAACUGCCUUGAAAGACGCCACAGGUAGCUGUGGCUGGGCUGGUAAUAAAUAACUUUGUUGCGAUUUAUUUUAUUAAUACCUGCGUACGAAAAUGUGCAAAAAAAAGCAUAGCCUAUUUAAGUUUAAAUUUUAUUUAAUCAUAAUAUUUGUAGCAUUUGUAAUAAUUCAGGGAAAAAAAUAUUAUAUUCAAACUGAAACUAUUGUAAA